AUGUCAUCACUAAACUCCGAGACUGAUGGUUUAAUAGAUGCACUUUUGCAAUCGAGCACAAAGAGUCCUGAAGAGAUUACCGAGGUUUUAGGCGUAUUAAGCGUUGCUCUUGAUGGUCCACGAGGCCCACAAGUGACUCAAGCAGUAUUAUCUGCAGUUCCACUGCCAAACUUUUUUACUUUUCUCGAGAGUCCGAGCGAAUCUGUUGUAAAUGCGGCUGGAAUUGUAUUGGAGAAGCUAUUAAGAGCCGUUACCUAUGCUGAUAUUAUUUCUUCAGAAUUAAAGGAUUAUUUUCGACUCGGACUAUCGAGUCCAUUACCAAAGGUUUGCCUUCUCACUCUAGGUCAGAUUGAAAAAUGUCUCGCAAAUGAAGAAUACAUAAUUGAUCUAGUCAAUUCACCACUGUAUGAUUCGGCCAUUAAAGUCAUCGGCAAUGAGGAUAUACCGACAUCGACAAGGGCUGCAGAUUUCGUUGUAAAGAUAGCCGAAAAUCCAAAUGGACUGCAAGCAAUCUUUGAUACACGACGAAUUGCCCGCCUUAAUGAAUUGUCAGAACG